ACCACGAAGUCGCCUGUUAAAUCAGAGAAAAUCGGUAAAAAUGAUCCAGAUCAAGUUCCUGUGCCUUUUCCUCGCCCUCAUGACAAUAGCUGUCCUGGACACCAACGUGGCUGAAGCCAGAGACUGCCUUUCUGGAACAUUCAAAGGACCCUGCUGGGCUUGGAGUGGAGAGAAGUGCCGCCGCCUUUGCAUUGAGGAGGGACAUGUUAGUGGACAUUGCAGUGGCGGCUCAAAAUGUUGGUGCGAGCAGUGUUAAACAAAGUUUAAUUUUGAAAGA